UAGGUGGCUGUUCUUCGCUGGCCCCAUCGUACAGAAGAACGACCUUCAUCGUCUAGCCGCACUGGCAAAUAUCCUCCCAAGUUCCUCUGUUGCUCAACAGUUUCCCCCCCUACACUUCUAGACGUAUUUAGUUUCCGAUAGUAUUUCCGAUUAUAGGUUUUACUUCUCGUUUUGACUCAGUGUUGUGAUUCAAGCGCAUCGCCAGUUAUCGCGCCCUUCUCCUUGCCUGCAAUUCGAUCCUCUCCUGAAUCCUUAUCGAUACCUCUCAGCAUGGCCACUGCAGAGAAGAAGAAAGAAGAACAACCUGCCAUUCAGCCGGACGAGUACUCAGAUGGCGAUUACGAUACGGAUGACUAUUCACUGUCCGAAGACGAGCAGGAUCAGAAACCCCAGCGUCCGAACCGACAGCAAGCUCGACGACGCCGACAGCAGCAACGCAAGCGUCAAAACGACGAGUAUGAGGAUGAAAGUGACUAUCUUUCCGAUGAAUACGAUGACGAUGACUAUGACGAUGCGGAUCAGGGCAAUGCCAUGCAGCCAUAUAAGCGCGGCACACAGUCCCUAACACAGGGCACGAUCACAAAUGGAGCCAUGACGGACGCUCCAGGACAAGGGAAAAACGAUGAUGAGCAGGAUGGCCUCAAACUGAAACUGGAGCUGAACCUCGACAUCGAGGUAGAACUCAAAGCCCACAUUCACGGAGACUUGACACUGUCGUUGCUUGCAUGAUUGGGGAAAAUGUUAAUUUCGCCUCUUUUCUUAGCUCUUGAC